CCACACUGCUGCAUUUACGGUAGCUUAAUUUGCGAUGGGAGGGAUCAGAGGGCCCCAAACAGCUCUCAUUGUCACUACAGCUCUUCACACACAAGGGUAUUAGUGCCGCUCAGCAGCCUGAUCCUCCAGAAGCCGCUGCCUCGCCCCCCCCCUCGCCCCCAGUGUACUCUCUUUGCAGACAAAAAGCUGGAAUAACUGCCCUACUCCACCAGGUCUGAGCAGACGCCUCAACUCCGCACUUGUCUGUUUCAUCCAUAACUGAAGACAGCUCUUCAAGGUAGGUGACCUGUCCCCUCCCCGGUGUCCCAGCAGUCAGGCAUGGCAGACGGUCGGCAGCCAGACGAACACUGGUCCUCAAAUGGCCAAGAGAAUGGCGAGAAUGGCUACUCCGCCUACAGCUCUGCCUACAGGGAGAAUGGAUACCACGGUGGGGCAGCCGCACAUCCUGGAGCGACAGUGGAUGACUCAGCCAAUUUGCCUCCCUCCCCUCCCCCCUCUCCAUCCGCUGAGCAGAUUGGGCCUGUGGCACAAGCCCAGCCAGAAGAAUGUAUCAGUAAGACAUCGUGUGAGUCAGCUAUGAAAGAAGAUGAACCUCAAGUGGCAUCGUUACCUCAGAAGCAGUCGGUAGUUGAAAGAGAAACACCUGAAGGUGCAGAUCUCGCCUUGAUUGAACAACCUCCUCCCUCUAUGAAAGAGAAAGAGCUCUCUGACACCUCCUCAAUUGAGCAGGGUAACCAAGACAGAAAGGAUGUAGUAGAAGAGGCAGCUGAAAGCCACCUGCUUGUAGAGUCCAAAGCAAAAGAAGCAAAACAGCCUUUACUGACAGAGGAAUUAUCAAAUCUUAAGGAGGAAGACAAAGACGGAAUUAUCUUACCAAGCAAAUCAGGAGCUCCUAUGAAUGAAAACAAGGAAAAACCAGGGACGGUUGAGGGGAUAAAUAAGGACGGCCAAGAUAGUGGCAGUGACAUUAGAUUGCAUGAGGCGCCUGUGACUGACAUUCAAAAAGUGGACCAAAGGCAAGAAACAGUCAAAUCAAGUCCAGAACCUGGUACAGAGUUGAAAGCCACUUCAGAUAUUUUUGCAGAACACGAGUCAAGAGCAAACACCUACUUUGAGACAUCCUCAAAAAGCCACGAAGAGGAGUCAUCACAAACCCAGAGCUAUUACGAACUCAGCACAGCAGCAGAGACAAAGUUAAGUGGGGAAACUGAAAGCAUUAUGCAGAAGCUUGAGGAACAACAAGAGAGAAAAGCCAGAACAUCCACUGGUAAGAUGUCUUUAGAACAAAGAAGCCUCUCCCUGAACAUUACUGUUGGGUCUUCGGCAGGACAGACAGUGAAGGAAGAGAAGUCAAGGGCCUUCUCAGAAAACUUGCAUCCAAUCAGUGGAAGCUUUGAUGAAUCUGAGGUGUACCCUUCAACACCAUCUGUGGAGAGCCAACACCAGUUUCUUCCAGCUGUUUCCAUUACCCCAACUACCAGUGAAUCAUCUGAGGAUAUCCUCACCAAGGUAGAAACACCUUUACCUUCUAAUAAGCACAAAUGUUUUGAACAUUCUGGCAGCCUCUCUGAGAUGUUGGACCUGGCUGGAGCGCUGCCUCGGCCAUCAAUAGAGAGGCGGGAGCUUGAUCACAUGAGACGAAAGUCUGUGCCCACCAAUGUAUCAGCUCUGGUGGGGAGUUCUUUGGCCAAGCUCGCCUUGGGAGAUCAGACCUCAAGACUGGUGGGAGGGGAAAGCCAGCUGGAGGAACUGGGCUACUGUGUCUUCAGUGAGUACUCAGGGCCCAUGCCUUCUCCUGCUGAUGUACCCAGUCCUGGGGACUCUCCACACCAGCGUUUCCCUUCUAUGGAGAGUGAAGUUGAGGAGGAGCUUGGGACCACGAAUGUUGAAGGUGUUCAAAAAGGAAUGCAACAACAAGAUCAUAAAGGAAUUAUCCCUGAGAUCUCUCAAAAGACAGUGUUUGAAAAGAAAGAUACACAAGUCAAGACUACCCUGAUUCUUGAAAAGGCUGUGACAAGUGGAGUAAAACCUGAUCGCCUAAGAAUCCCAAUACCUCCUUCAAAAGACAGACUGACUGAGUUUCGUUUGGAGAGUGGCCUGCCUGGUGACAUAAAGAUCCAAGCAAUCCCUGAGGUAGAUGUUGAAAAAGACCCCUCCAGAGAGGCUUCUCCCAUCCCACCAGAUAAUUCCUUUACUUUCACUCUUACGGAAACUGGAUGCAAGGCUCCCCUAACUCCCACCACCCCUAAGUCCCCAGAUGAUACACCCUCAGAAGCCCAAGUCACUGGAAAGAAGGCAAAGAAAGAUGUCUUACCAGAGGUCAAAGCAGAGAAGGAUCCAGAGUCUGAGAGGAUUGAUAAUAAACAGACAGAGUUGGAUGAAGAAAUGCAGAAAUCUGAGCAGGAGGAAUUACGAGAAAGAGGUGAUGAGCAAGAAAUGGCAAACACGGACAUACCUUCAGCAUCAUCUCAGUCUUUAGGAGAGAGCACAGAAAAAGAUGACAAGAAGAUUCAAUGUGAGCAUGGGAGACCUACAAGAUUAGAAAGAAUAGAAAAGCAAGAGACCUCAAAAGCUGUUCAGGAUUUAAGAACUGAAAAGUUCUUACAUGAGAAAGAUGCCCAAAUCCAGUUACAGGAGGUGACUCAGGAGGAUAAAGGCUCACCAAAACCAAAAAUAUCCUCCCCAGUCAUCAUUAUACCUCAAGCACAAGUAGAGGAAGAAGCAGAUGAAGAUGAUGAGAUUGAGAUUGCUGAAGAGCCUCAAGAGAUGAUGGAGGAACCUGAAGUAUCUGUGCUCCCCAAGACAGAUCAAGCAGAGGAGAGUCUAAUCAAAGAAGUUGGGAAGGAAGAGCAAAAGAAAGAGGUGGUGAGAUUGAUGGUAGGCGAUCAGAUGGUGGAAGAAGAUCCCAAGUCUGGAGCAGAAGAAUGGAGUCAUAGUGCCCAAAACAGUGAUGAUGGGGAGCCUGCGACAGACAGUUCGCACUUGUCUCCAUGCUCUGAGCAAGAUCAACCGGUUGAAAGUGGCAGAGAUGAGGGGAUGGGAGAGGAUAAAGUAACAGAAGACACACAAAUAAAUAGGGAUGAAUGGAAAAAAGAGGAGGGCGAGGCAGUAAAGAAAGACCAAACAGGAGAGCAGAAAGUGGAGGAAGUUGGUUCUGAUGAGGUAGGUGACGAGAAAGAAAAGAAAACGAUGGAAGAAGAAGAUGAGGGGGAAGAGAGGAUGGGUGAGGAGGUGGAGGAGAAAGACAUCGAGAUUGGUCAGGAGGUGGAAGAGACCUCUGAUGUUCUCUACCACACCAGUCAGGCAGCCAAUGAUGAAACCACCAUGGACGUCUCCAUCCUAGAUACAGACAGUGGCUGGAUUGACUCACAAGAUGAUGACAAAAGUAUCAUGACUGAGCAAAUCGAAGCUCUUCCUCAAACCCAGAGUCCUACCAGAACACCUGUGGUGGACAGACCCGCUAAACGGGCCCCUGGCAGAGGAAGGGGCCGCCCUGGCACCACUGAGAGUAAAGUGUUCCGCAAAGUACCCAGCCACCAUCCACCAAGAGAGGAGAUGAAGAAGAAAAAAGUAGGCAUGAGGAGGGCUGACCAGAAUAAGGUGUCAGCCCUCCAAAGUCGUUCUCCAUCUCGAAAGAGUGGAGCCAAAGCGGCGGCCAGACAUCCUAGGCCUGCUCUGCUUCACGGCUCUGCUAGACGCAAGGCCACAGGUGUGGAAAGCCAUCAGCCCCUCAGUGUGGCCCACCAGUCAAGGGAGAGGACCACUUCUCGACAGAGAAAAUCUAGCCCCACAAGGGCAGUUCUGUUAAAGAUGGCAGUUCAGCGCCGGGGAUCGAACCAUCAGCCCCCCCGGCCCGGCUCUGCCUGUAGCCUUAAACAGAGCCCUCUGGUGGAGGCGGAGCUCAGUGAGGCUCGCCCCUCCUCUGCAUGUGCCCGCCCGUCCCCUCUGCCAAACAAAUGGGCAGAGAAGGAGAGAGCAUACCGCAGCCCAGAGAAGAGGUCGUCCCUGCCCAGGCCUGCCAAAUCUCUGACACGCCACAUCCCUGCUGCUGAACAAGAAGACAGCACCCCCUCCAGGCCAACCUCGAUCCAAUCCAGAGCGGACAGCAGGUCUGGAAGAGCCCCUGGUAUGGCAGGUACAGACUCGGCACGUUCCCGAUCAGUCCGUAGCGGUGCCUCCACCCCCGGCUCCUCCGCCGUCACGCCCGGCACACCCCCCAGCUACUCCUGCCGCACCCCUGGCUCGCGCACCCCCGGCAGCCACACGCCCAAGUCCUUCAGCGUCCUCCAGGAGAAGAAGGUGGCGGUGAUCCGGACCCCACCCAAGUCUCCUUCCUCCGCCCAACGGCAGCUGAAGGUUCUCAAUCAGCCCCUGCCUGACCUGAAGAAUGUAAAGUCCAAGAUCGGGUCCACCUCCAAUCUGAAGCACCAGCCAAAAGGCGGACAGGUUGAAAUUUUGAACGAGAAGCUGGACUUCAGUCAUGUUCAGUCAAAGUGCGGCUCCAUGGAUAAUCUGAAGCACUCGCCCAAAGGAGGCAAUGUCAUGAUUCCAAGUGUUAAACUGGACUUUAGCCACGUUCAGGCUAAAUGUGGCUCCCUGGACAAAAUCCAGCACGCAGCAGGCGGGGGAAACGUCCAAAUCCAGACCAAGAAGAUCGACGUGAGCCACGUCACCGCCAAAUGUGGCUCCAUGUCCAACAUCCGCCACAGACCAGGGGGAGGUAAUGUGCGUAUUGAGAAUGUGAAGCUGGACUUUAAAGAGAAGGCCCAUGCCAAGGUCGGCUCCCUGGGCAACACCAGCCACACUCCUGGAGGGGGGAAUAUUAUGAUCGAGAGCCACAAGCUGACCUUCCGUGAAACAGCCAAAGCUCGGGUGGAUCACGGCGCAGAAAUCAUAGUCACCCACUCCCCUGGGGUCGAGACAGGAGGCACUUCCCCUCGCCUGUCCUCCUCUGGAAGCAUCAACAUCCUGGAGUCGCCCCAGCUCUCCACGCUGGCCCAGGAUGUCACCGCUGCCCUGGCCAAGCAGGGCUUAUGAGCGGUCUGCCUCCAUUUCGGAUACCUCCAAAAUCCACACCAUUACUCCUCUUCCCAUCAAUCUCAUUCGCUCAUAACCAUCCAGUGUUCUCCCAAGGUCCUUCACUGCAACAUGACCCCCACACACUUGACCCCACAGGUUCUACAGUUGUAGUUGAUUGACUGUCUCGUCCGUCAACGACCCUUCCAGCCCUUCCAGCAGGAUUUUAAAAACUGAAAUCUAUGAUUAUUCUUCAUUCACUCCCUAAAAAAGAGACAUGCCCAGUCACUCUUUGUUUUUCAUUCAUUUUCCUUCAUUCAAAUAUGGACUUUUCUGUUUUAUUUUAGAUAGGCUAAAUGCUAAGGUUUGAGUGGAUGUGUUUGUUAAAGAAGGCAGUGGCGGUUUCACGAUUGUACAGCGAUUUUGUAGCGUGAAAAGCAUCACAUUCCACUUGUAUGGGGAUAAACUUUAAGGUGAACUCAUGCAUAAUGUCCAUACAGAAUUUAUAUGGUACUGAAUGCAGGUUAUGGCUACUAGAUACUAGACGCUAGUCUUAAAGAUACAACUGUGUGAGAGACUUAACUUACAGAAACAUGGCGUGUAACUGUACCUGCAAAAGAAUGGCUGAUGAGCAUGUCUGCUAAAAUGUAACAUUUUAAGUCAAACGACAUGAAAUUUUGUUUGUUCGUUGGUUGGUUUUAAUCUUAUGAUUUCUGAAUUGUUGCUGAAUUGUUGGAUAAAUUGUUAUGUUUUCUUUUAUAUAUGUCACUGUAGUGGAAGUUGUUCCAGUUUUGUACGUUCCCUGUGGCUGCACUGGCUUAUUAGCACUUAAAUGUGGAUAACCAUUGCAGUUGUGUCGAGUCAAGCGCUAAAAGGCUAGCUUUCCAGUAGAUUUUUACUUUUUUUUUUCUUUUCUGCAAACCAAUGGGCUGCUCUUUUUGUUUUGUUUUACAUUAGCUCUGUGAUUUUAUUAGGCUGCAACAAUGCUGUUAUGCUGGCAUGGCAAAUAAAUGAUUAAUAAAUUAGAUCUAUUUGGAGCAAUCUUAAACUUUUCAGUGUGAGUGUAAAUGGCCAGGGGCAUUCUAGUGUCUAUACUUAAAGGUCAGAUCCUCAGAUCCCUAAAAGGGCCCUCAUGCUCCUGUGACCGUUCUCCUUUUGCAGACACUGGGUUACACAAUGUAUUUGAAUGGACAACGGGCCCAAAGUUGGUUUGAAAAGUGGAAAGUAUGAAGCUUUAUAUGAAAACAUUCCAUUGAAAGAGCAGCUACCCCGGCCCUUUUGUGAGACUGAACGAGUAACUUUACAGGAAAUGAAAGAAACAACAAAGAAAUGAAGUGGGAGUAACCCUCAACUUGCAGCUGUUAGAGUUCAUUAAAAGAAAAAAGAAUAAAAAAGAAAACUGUUCUAGCAUAUUCUCUGCUCACCAUUGUGAAACUCUUCUGCCGCCCCCCUCCCUCCCCCCACGGUGUCAGUUACCCCUCCAGUGUUUUUCUGUGCUUCCUAUACUCUUGCCUCCCUCUUUGCCUGUGUAAGUGUAUUUAAAAGACCAUGUAGAUGUGUGCACACCUUCCGAUGUUUGAGACGUACUGAUGACAAAUGAUCCUACAGGAUGACAACAGAAAUAAAGAAAAUAAAAACUG